UUAAUAUAUGUGAAUGAAAGUCGGGAAUAGGCUUUUUAAAGGUUUAUCAUUAAUCAAAAUGAAGGCACCAAAGUCGAUGAACAUUUGAUUUUGUGGAUCGACUCAGCAACGAAAUCCACAAAAAUUGGUGUUCCACGAAUAAUGAUGAAACCUCAGUAUGUUGUUUAACGUCCCUCUCGAGAUUUUUUCACUUAUAUAGAGGAUAUAUAUUGGAAUGAAAAGUCACUGGUAUUAAGUUUUAAAAGUUAAGUAAGAGUUAAGGAUUUUUUGUUGUUGCUUGUCAAUGAAUUUUUGGGUGCUGGAAGAUUUUGUUGACUGGGGUUAAACCUCCUGGAAAAAAAUUCUGGAUCCGCGCUUGUACGAUCAUGCCGUGUUUGAUUUGGUCCUGAUUUGCAUAGAAUUUUGAGCUUGAAUACUGAUCGCUAUCUCAUAUUUCAUCUAUUUUUUCUUGAAUAAAGAUGAGCAGCCCUGCACAAACAACUGUGAGACUUUUCUUUAUGAUUCUUUUACAUAUGUUUAAAGAUUAGAUUAAACGUAAAUUUCCCAUGUAAAAUAUCACCGCAAAGUUUACUAGUAAACAACAUAAUUCAAGGAGCAUUGUUUCUUGAAAAGCAAAUACUGGUAUAUACUUUCCAGGAUACGCUUCAUCAUUGUUGCAACAUAUCGCGGCAAAUUCUUGAAAAAUGACACACGUUCUCAGAAUAACAUUCUAUUUCUUAUACAAAUACCUUAUUAUAUUAGAGUUUGAACAAUGAAUACUAGUAUUUAUAAAAUUGUUCGUAUUUUGCGACCAGAAAGCACAGACUUGCAGAAAAACAGAAAAAGAGACUUAAAAUGGUUUUUGAAUCUUGCUUUACCGAUCUCACUUUCGGCAGUAGUUUUGCUGUUAAUUGUUUUAGGAAUCAUUUACAGGAAGAAGUGCAAACGCAUCACUGAAACUACAGAUGCCAGGAAUUCUACCCAUGAUGAACACGAAGAGACGGGUACUACAGAUGUAUAUGCUGUGGUGGUGCGUCCAAACCGAAAACCUAUAAGGGAUGUUCUGCAAAAUAAUAAUAUCGAUGACAAUGCGUUGCCUCUUGAAGCUCCAAAUAUAGAACAUAAAUCAACCGCCUUAAGAAGAAGUAAUUCAUCAAAUUAUAAAGUUGAAUCAACGCCUCGGGACCUCAACUCUCCAUACAGCAUGUGUGUAGGACUUGAAGACCCUUACGACGACGCUUUCUGCAUCCCUUCAACCUCAUAUCAAUUUGAAUCAUCAGAAGCCGAUCAGUAAUUCAGCAGGCAACUUGAAGUUUAGAUUGAACAAUAACUUUGAUUUGGAUGGAGAGACUAUUGUCUAUGAGCUGAAUACAGAAGCUAAAUCUAUG